UAUAAAGUGGUGUGAAACGCUUUUAAAAGGAAACGUGAUACCGAAAACAGAAGUCUGUUUAAUUUGUCUAAAUACAAUUUAAUUUGUCUACAUAAAAAAUAUUAACCUGCGCAUAUGAUGAGUCAGACGAACUCAUCUGUCAGCAUCGAUAAUUUUUCACAAACAUAACAACACAAUAUUUUAAAAAAAUACUUUAACAAAAUGACGAGUAUUAAUUUAUAAGCAUGAACUUAUCACGAGCAAAUUAUUUGCUCUAAGAGAGGUGGGAUUACAACAAUAUGUUAAUUUGCUUGGUGGUGGGGGUGGGGGUGGCCAGGGGUGGAAUAUCCAUUUUUAUUGCAUCACCUGUCAGUAACGUCCAAUCAGCUUCGACUUUGGGGGCAUUAAUUGAUGAAGGUGUCUCCGGCCUUGCUCAGUUCCCACUGUCAUUUUAUUUGCGACUAAACCAGCAACGGGAAUAGCAGCUGCAUUUUGGGCUCUAUUUCUCUCUCUUCCCCUCUCUCUCUCUCUCCUUGCUCUCUCUUUCUCCCUCUCUCACUCUGUCGCUCACUCCCUCUCCUUUUCCCUUCCAUACUCUCGUCGCUUUUUAUCCUUCUCACUGGCAGUGCUAUUCACCUUCCUCUUUUCCUCAUGGCCAAAUGGGAAGGGAGCUGAGGGAGCGCAGGUAUAGGAGCUCAGACAGGCAGCAGCCAGCCUGUCGGCAACAUCACACACAUUCCAUCGAUCAUGCAGUGCUCAGGUCAAUGGACUGAUUGUUUUAAUUCAAACAGGCCAUUUUGCUUUUUAUUUUUCUAUUUAGACUAGAACUUUUUGUUCAUCACGCAGUGUGGACAUGUCACAGGCCAUGCUGAACCGGUAAGCUGAAUGCCUUGAAAUAAAGAAGCAUCAGUAAAGCUUUAAGGACAACCAUCGCGCUAAAUGUUGGAAUUAAUGCAAUGAAGAAAAUGGGGGACUUGGAAUCCGGUUUUGAGGAAAUGCAGGGUGUUAAGCUUGGCUAUUUGAUUAUCAAAGGCAAACAAAUGUUUGCUCUCUCUCAAGUCUUCACCGACCUCUUGAAAAAUAUCCCGCGGACUACUGUACACAAACGAAUGGACCAUUUAAACGUGAAGAAGCAUCACUGUGACCUGGAGGAACUACGAAAGCUCAAAGCAAUAAAUUCUAUAGCUUUCCACGCAGCUAAAUGCACUCUUAUUUCAAGAGAGGACGUUGAGGCACUGUAUUUUUCAUGUAAAACUGAGCGCGUAUUGAAAUCAAACAAAAGAAGGGAUAAGACAAAAACUUCCUCAGAGAAAAUGUGCGACGGGAAAAAUUACACAUCUGCCAAAAGUGACUUUUGGAGAGAGAAAGUUUGGCUAAGUUUGCAUGGCGUUCCACAGACGUUCUCAUUCAAAAAUAAAGCUGUUCGACAAGAUCCUGUUUCUCGCAGUCACUCAAAUCUACCUCAAAUUUAUAGCAAAUCCUUCGCCCGUGACUUUCAACCGGUGGCGAAGUCGGCAUCUACACCUUUUAAAAACUAUGAAACAGAUCAAAUACCUGACAACUAUGUGGCUUUUAAUCAGAAACACACGUUUAUUCGGCACGUUGUAAAUCGGCAGCCGCUGCUCUAUCAGUCCGCCAUUGCAGCGCCGGCAAAGCACCAAGGCAACGCAGACCUACUUUACAAAAGGAAGAGGAAGCGCGAGAGCAGCGCGAGGCAGCUCUGGUCGAGAAGCAGACGCAGUCAUCCGGUUUUGGUCGUCCCGAAGUGUUGUAAGCCAAAAGUUUCUAACGGAUCUUUGAGCCAGUUUCACCACCUCGAACAUGGAUUUUACGUCGAUCCUCGGAACACUGUGCAUUUUCAGGAAAGCUGUAGCAGCGACACGGAAUCUAGCACCAUCUCAGAACGGGUGAACAACGAUUCGGAUUUCGGGUCGAGUUUUUCUACCACCAGCAACUCCGGGACUUCAGACGAGGAGGAGGAGGAUGACUCUCUGUCGGAUUCUUCAGAUGUCAGUAGCGACGAGGAGAGCUCAUCUCAGUCUGAAUCGAGCUCUGUGUCAAGUCAAGUUUCAGUGCAGAGUAUUCGUUUCAGGCGUGCAAGGUUCUCGAGUAUCAACACAAAAGCACCUCUGCUGUUGCAGCCAACAUUUCACUACAGGCCUAAUGUGCAGACCAUAGCUACUAACCAGGAUUUAACGACUACUCUGGAUUGCGAAAGAACUGGCAAAACUCAGAAAUCGGACUUCGGUGACGCACACGAGAAUGGUGAUGCCGCAAAUAAUGUGCAGAAGUUCUGCUCAGUGCGGACCUGCUUUCCAGAUUUGCGAGAAAAGGAGGAUUCCGAAGCACCCUUGCGCCUUGAAGUUUCAAAUGAUCCAAAGACAACAGAUUCUAACAAAAUUAAGGAGAUCAGGCUCACACCCAAUACACUUGGGAACAAGGCGUUUCCCCAACAAAGAAUACCGGCUUCUGCAAACAAAUGCUCCCAAGGCUUGAUCUCCCACUGUGUUCCGGACAAAGAAAUAACGGUUUGUAAGUCUUCUGACAGCAAUCUUUCAUUAGUAGCAAAUUUCAAGAGGGAAGUAAAAACUUCCCUCAAACUGCCUUCACCUAUAAAACAUAUCAAAACUGAGGCCGAGGAGCUCAUCAACAAUGAGGGCAACAGGGCAGUAAAAACGCCACCAUUUUUACUCAACAACGUGAAGAUUAAAGUCGAGGACAUCUUUGACGAUUAUGAAUAUGCAAAACAGCCCCCGGAGUAUCAAUGUAAGGAUAAUGACGCUGAUGGCCAGUGCAUCAGCGAUCCUUUCAAGGAAACUGACCACUGGAAAGCCGCGGAGAGCUCUGGUCAAAAACACCCUGCCUGUAACGAGGAAUCAAAAAGCACUUUAAACGCCCGUUGCUCUGAAGAAGAGGAAUGCAAGAACGGUGUAAGAGUCCGGAAAAACUACAGGUCACUUCUUCUGGGUAAAAAAGCCGAAAGUGCGAGGACAUCUGCGAAAUCAGCUUCAAAAGUUGACCGGAGCUCCCGUUCUGCUGGAAAAUUCGCUAGCAGUGAAAUAUCGAGUGGAGACUGUGCUGGCACGAGCAAACGCAAACGGGCAAGUGCCAGUGUAGCAUCUCUGAAAAAGCCCUUCAGGUUCAUGGCGAAUUUUCCCUCUCCACCGGCCCUUCUUAUUGGCAACGAUGGAGAUUUGAGUCCCGCUUACUCUUUGAACUCUUCAAGAAGUAACCAACUGCCUCCUCGUUCUCACCCAGUUUGGAGAUGGCAGCUCGGUCACUCAGUUGUUCCUCCCCCUCCAAGCCACAAAUUCAGGAAAGCCUCUGUUAUCCCUUGAACUGUUGUUUUUUUUUAGCUCGGGGAAAUGUCUUAAAAAUGUGACAAGCACUGAUACCCGUUAGUUGUUUUGUUUUCAUUGUUGUUUCAAUGCAUACGUUUCUGGCCUGCUGUUAUGUAUAGCACACACGUUGUCAUCAUAUCUUGCAGGCUGGUUUUAUGCACGGAGGUUCAGAACUCGGGAAUAUACAGAGGUAUUAAUAAGCUGAUAUAGGGGGAAAGAAAUUAUGACUGUUUUUGACCUGAUUGAGACUUACAGAGCAAAUGUUGGCUUAUUUUACAGGCAGGGUUAGCCAUCUCUCGUAAGGAUGGCAUUAUGUGAUUAUCAGGUCUGUCAACUAAAAUGCUGAUUUUUGUUUUUGAAACCUCUUUGUCGGUAUAUUUUGGGCCAAUUUUUUGUACUUCCCCUUCAUGCUUCAUCCACAUACUGUAUUUCUGAAUUACUGUAGCCCGAUGAUCUAUACCCUUCUUAUUUAUUCAUUUUAAGGGUGCUCCCCAAUUGUUGGCGUCUGGCUGUGUCACUCACACGCGGCACACCAUGACUCCCACGGUAGGCCCACCACAAUGGCCCUCUAACUGACAAUCAAGAGCUGUUUGAUUUGCACGAUGUAAUAGAGGGAAAACACCAAGUCAAACUCCUUCUGUAGCACAUUAGCUAAAGGUAUAGAACGGUUAAAGCACAAAUUUACCAUGCAUUGCACUUUGCUAAUGCCUAUUAAUGUGGAUUAGUGAUGUGUUUUUAUUUCUAGUCUUACGCAAAAGAGCCAUCGCAAGUUACCCCAAAACAUUUUUAAAUAAGUACAAAUUAACUUGGUGCUUUUCAUUUUUUCUUGUUUGAUUUUGAGAGUUUUUUUAGUCGUUUUAUUAUAAAUGUUGCGGUUUAAUCGCGGAGACAUGUACCGAUAAAUGCUUGCGUUGGUCUUCACACGUAACGAAAUCAAAGAAAAACCUCGGUGCUUAGUGGAAUGCACACAUUCUGUUCAGGGUAUGCUAAGUAAAUGUUUAUUUCUGUUUGACUCAAGUAGCCUUGUCUUUUUCGUAUGUUGUUUUGAUUGUGUUUUUCCUAACUAGGCCUAUUUUCCAAGCAUAUGAAUUGCCUUGGUACUCGAAAGAGAGUAAACUUAAAAAAACAUUCAAGUGCUAACUUUGUGUUCCACUAGAGUACCUUGCUCCAUAAUGCCUUGUGAUGAAUGUACUGUAACGUACCACAUUUGUUAACUUCAGCAAAAGCAGACUGCCUCAAAAGCAGGUCUUUAAACGCAAAAUAUGUGAUUGGAUUAGCCAGUAAACUACAUUAAUAUUUUAUUUUAUUUUAUUGCUAAGUAGUGAACAUGUUCAACUGCAUUCUAAUUUCACACACACACACACACACACACACACACACACACACACACACACACACACACACACACACACACACACACACACACACACACACACACACAAGUACAAAGCCUGUGAGUUAUCAAUGAAUAGGCAAAGACUAUGCAGAUUUGGCUAAAGGGAGGCUACAGGUUCACGUCAAUCUCUGGAAAACGCGUAAGAAACUUAAAGGGUAUAUAGGCCUAAAACGUAUUAAGGCAUGGGCCCUUUACGUGUAAUGUGUUUUGAAUAACGUGUACAAUUCGGGAUAUACCUGGAUAUACACCAUGUAGCCUAUUAAGUGAAACUGAUUUGCUUUGUGAAUGUUCCAAUGUGCGAUAUAGUGCGACACUCUGACAGGUGAAUAAUUAAAAAUAGUGGUUCUAUAUUUUUGUAACGCGUCUAUUUAAUGCCCGCUCUCUUGAGCGUAUUAAAGGAACUUUCUGUUCCAUUCUGUGUCAAAGUGCACAGCGGAUUGACUGAAUUGCAAUGCCGUCCCAUCUUCCGAGGACUUAAUUAAAAACAAGCCAAAUUAAACAGAAUGUAGCGGCCCUAUUGAGUUUCAUAAUCUUUACAAUGAACAGAAAUGGGCGAAUGGGCGGUGACUCAAUGUUAUCAUGAUGGGCUAUAUCUGGUCAUGGAGGGCUUUGUUAUCUCUCUGUUUUUACCACAAUACUUGAGGUCAGAUUUUGACAUGAUUUUUUUCUUCAACUUAAGUCACUGGUUGUUCAUAAAAAUGCAUAUUUAUUUUUGUGAUUUUUCCUGUUUUUGUAUACCAUUGUUGUGUAGGAUAAAUGCACUCGAAAUGAAAACUUGAAAACGUGAGGUGGAUUUUGAAGCACUUUCUUUCUUUUUAUGGUGAAAAUGUUCAUUAAAUACAUCUGAGUGUGAUAUGAAA